AUGAAUGCAACAGAUAUGAAAUAUUUAUCCAAGACUGCUGUACCACAGGAAAAAGAACCUAAUCAAACAGGUCGACCGCCUAAUGAACGUUUUCCUUUUCAAAACCAGCAUCCACAAGCAACAACACAUUUAAUGAUGAAAUAUAGUCAGCCUCGUGUACCAAUUCUUUAUGGUCCUCAAAUUCCUCGACGAGAUCGUGAUGACACUCAAGAACGAUAUAGUCGGGCUCUUCUCACACUUUUUGUGCCUUGGCGUACCGUUUCUGAUCUUUGUGAUGUCAACCAGAAAUGGGAAGAUGCAUUUAAAUCUCAACAACAUCGUAUCUCUACAUAUUCGUGGAAUAUUAUAGAAAAUAUUCAGCUCUUACAUGAAUGCAAAAAAGAUCGUGACGAACAUUUACUUCAAGUUAUCGCUGAAGUUCAAACCGAGAAUGAUACCAUUGAUCCUGUACUUUUUCCAGCAAAUCAAGACGUUUAUGAUGAUUAUGAUGAUAUGAAUGACAGUGAAGAUUUGCUCGAAUUACUCGGAAAUUCAAACGAAUAUAUGACUGCUGCGAUGAUUGGUACCAAAAAGUCAGCAGAAAAUAAAUAUAUUGAAGAAACUAUCGAAGCAGUUGAGAGCGUUGGACGAUUUACUAAUAUGAAUAGUAAGCAUUAUUUUGAUAUGACCAGUAAGAUUCAAAAUAAUCAUAAAAAAUUCAUUGUAGCACAUGGCCAAUCUUCUUCAAAUGAAUUCAUCGAUCAUACCGGUCAACAACUUAUACCAUUUGUUUCUGCAACACCUAAUCUUGUUCACCUCAAUACAAAAUGGCAAGAGCAGCUGAAAACGGAGAAAGAACGAAUUAGACGAAAUUUAAUUACGGGCAACUAUGACAAAACGGAUGGUAUGUUGGACUUGUAUGCUGCAAAAGAUGCUAUUAUAACAGUGGUGAAUCCGAAUAAUUAUCAUAAAAACAGUUUUGAAAACUAUGCUCCAAUUCUUCCAGUUGCCUCAGUUAUUACCACAAGUUAUCCUACUCAGAAAAGUAUUGCUGAUGAGUUCACAUUGAAUAGAGAACAACGAGCUGCAUUUAUGAUAAUAACAAGUCAUCUUGAUGGUGAUAGAAAAUGUCAUACAGGUAUUUUCAUUCUACAUACACGAUCAUAA